AUGGUUAGAGCCCGGCAGCUGCUUCCGAAGGCCGCCGAGGAGGCUCCCGCCGACGGCCGGAGACCGACGGCGGCGGCAAUUAGCGAGGCAGCAGGAGAGGAGGAAGGCGGCGGCGAGAAGGUAUCCCCUCCAGCGAGCGGCGGCGCUCCGGUGGCGCCGUUCUGCCAGGCGGACGCCUGCGCCGCCGAUCUCGUGGCGGCGAAGCGCUACCACCGCCGGCACAAAGUCUGCGAGGUCCACUCCAAGGCCGCAACCGUCGUCGUCGCCGGCCUGUGCCAGCGAUUCUGCCAGCAAUGCAGCAGGUUCCUCCCUCAUCCUCCUCCAUCUCCGCUCCUCCGAUCUAUCCGCAGAUCUGCGAAAUCAGGAAGGAAUGCCGUGAGCAAAUCCGCAUUCUCGAUGAAUCUCGUUAGAUCUUCUGCAAUUUCCGCCAGAAAAAAUGGAGGCAACCGAUCACAACUCGGAAUCGCUGCAGGUUCCACGAGAUCCCGGAAUUCGACGACGCCAAGCGCAGCUGCCGCAAGCGCCUGGCCGGCCACAACGAGCGGCGGAGGAAGAUCUGCCAUGACAUCGAGGGGGAAGGAGGAUCGAACCUCUGCAGGCCGGCGGAUCAGCACCGGAGGAUGAAGAUCUCCUUCUCCGCCAACUCCACCUGUAACCGCUUCCAGGUCAGGUGA